AUGACCCAAAGUUCGGACCAAAGUGCGUCGUUUGUCAGUACAAUUACAAAAAUUGUUUUCGAAAGUGGAGGUGGAGAAAGAAUUGAGAAUAAUGAAUCCACAGCCGAAUUUCCUUUGAAGAUUAUUGUUGACCCAUCAAAUUCUUCGUCUACUCAAUCUAGCCAGGAAUUGAAAAACCAUUUGACAAUGAAUGGGUACUCAUGGAAACCAGCUCAUCAGAACAUUGAGGUUUCGUUGCUAAGAUUAGAGGAGAGUAAUAAUCUAGUUAAUCAUCUUGCGGAACACGCAUGGAACUUUAGCUUCGAUUACUCCUCUUUUGCAAACCACCCGGGACUACUUCUAGUUAAAGGUCUUAACCGUUCAAAGUCAUCUGAAGAAGAAUUAAAAAGCUUCUUUAAUUCUAAAUCCAGAUUCAGGUCGUUAAACGAAGUUUCCUUCAUUAGUCUUUCCGCGGAGGACAAUACACCCACUGUUGCUGCUGUAUUAAAAUUUGAAAAUUAUGUUGAUGCAGACAUGCUAUUGGAAAAUCCUCCAGAUGCAACAAAUUUUGCAGCUGAGGGGCCCUUGACUUUAUGUCGCUAUGUGAAAAAAAGAGAUAGAUCCAAAAACCAAGCAGAUGGUCUGAUAACUGGGUUACCUUCCAGUUCUGCAAAUUUUGAUACUACCCAAGAUGAUUCCAUGGAAUACGACACAGUUGUAAUUGAAAAUUUUUGUGACUUCCUUGGUGGGCCUACUACUGUUGAAGUAAUUCAGCAAAUAAUUGCGAAGUUUCUGUUGUUUCACAAAAUUGAGAGGGUAUACUUCCCAGUUACGAAAGUGGAUUCAGAAAAGUUCGCCUUCAAAAAAUGUGGUUACAUUAAAUUCACUCAUUCAAGAGAAUUGAUGAGCGAUACGUUGAAGUGCUUAUACUACUUGAAUGAUUUGACUCAGAAAGAAUUACUUGACUUUUCGAGCAGUAACAUCUAUGAAAUUCAAAAUGAUGUUAAUGCGCCAACCCCAAUAAGAAAGGGUUCAAAGAAUUCUGUUCUCAAGUUGGUAAUUGCCCAAAGAAAGCACAACCACUACUUGUUCCAGAAUAGAGAUAACGCUUUCCUAACAUCCAUCGGACUGCCCGAGUUAACUUUCGUUGAAUCACCUUUAGAUGAUCUUGUUCUCGUAAACGAUAUUGCUAAAUCUUUCACGAAGAAUUCUAACUACCAAGAAACAAAUGUUUACGUGAACAAUUUCCCAAUACUUUUUGAAAACAAUGAUGAGUUAUGGGCUGAAUUUUGGAACCAAUUUGGGGUUGAUUGCAUCAAAUCUGCUAGAAUCAUUAAACCCCAAUUUUACUCGAAGAGAUCCGAAGGACCUUUGGGGAAGAUUGGUUUUGUUUUCUACGAGGAUUUUAGAAUGGCAUUACGGGCCAUAAUCUUGACAAACAAUAAAGUUGUCACUUACAAAAAUCACCCGAGUAUCCUCAUACAAACCUCAUUUGCAAUCCAGAAAGGUGGCCAUUCUUCAGUUUCAAAUGGAAAGAUGCCACCUUCUAAGUAUUCACUAAACUCCACUCCCGAAUACAACUACUUUCCCCCUCCAGACAACCCAUACAUGCAUCGGAUGAACUUGCAUAUGAAUGAUUCAUACUACUUCAUGGAUUUACCUUACGCAAGAAAUGAGUCUCCUCCUCAAAGCCCGCCAUUUUUCAACCCAGGAGAUGGAUUUGUAUACAACCCAUACAUUCUUCCAAUACAGUAUCCGUCUAACCAUACGGACGAGGACACCAGAAAAGAGGAAGAAGGGCUCAAUCCCCACAAGUCGUUGAAGACAAUAUCCGCUGGGCAACCUAUGCCAAGCAACCAGUAUCCAGUUCCUUAUGGAUAUUAUUAUUUAUAUUAUCCGUAUUCUUCUCCAAUGAGGAUGAAUCCAAUGCAGCCUGUACCCAUGAAUGGACCAUUGCUUCCUGUUGCUCCAAAUGUCCCAUUCAAGCAUUUUCCAUCACUGAAAAAUGGGAGAGACAAAAGAAAUGCACAAGAGAAAGAAGGUGUAUAA